CCUCCAAACCGCUGAAAACCAUCACCAACACCGCCCUUCCCCCCUAGCUCUUCCGAACCUCAACUCUGCGCUGCGCGCGUGAAAAUAUUCCCCUUCUCCAUUCCACUUUGCGUCGCAGCAUCCCCCAAGACUCGUUGAGCCACAGUACACAAUGAAGGGCGAGAUUCUUCACCUUCAUCUCGGUCAGGCCGGUACCCAGCUGGGUAACUCUGCUUGGGAGCUUUACCUCCUCGAGCACGGCCUCGGCUCCGAUGGUCGUCCCGACCCCAAUGCCAAGGAUGUCGUUGAUGGCGGUUCUUACGAGACGUUCUUUACCGAGACUAGCAAUGGCAAAUACGUUCCUCGUUCCCUCUUCGUGGACCUCGACCCCUCUCCCAUCGACGAGAUCCGAACUGGCGGCUACCGCCAGCUUUUCCACCCCGAGCUGUUGAUCAGCGGCAAGGAGGAUGCCGCCAACAACUACGCCCGUGGCCACUACACCAUUGGCAAGGAGAUGGUUGACAAUGUCAUUGACCGCGUCCGCCGCGUCGCUGACAACUGCCACUCUCUCCAGGGAUUCCUGAUCUUCCACUCCUUCGGUGGUGGUACCGGCUCCGGCUUUGGUGCCCUCCUGCUCGAGCGCCUCUCCACCGAGUACGGCAAGAAGUCGAAGCUCGAGUUCGCUGUCUACCCCGCCCCGCGCGUCUCGACCGCCGUUGUUGAGCCCUACAACGCUGUCCUGUCCACCCACAGCACCAUCGAGAACUCGGACUGCACCUUCCUCGUCGACAACGAGGCUGUCUACGACAUCUGCCGUCGCAACCUUGACAUCCCCCGUCCUGGCUACGAACACCUGAACCGCCUGAUCGCCCAGGUCGUCAGCUCCAUCACCUCGUCCCUCCGCUUCGACGGUGCCCUCAACGUCGAUCUGAACGAGUUCCAGACCAACUUGGUUCCCUACCCCCGUAUCCACUACCCCCUCAUCAGCUACGCUCCUGUCAUCUCGGCCAACAAGAGCUCUCACGAGAGCUUCAAGGUUCAGGAGCUUACCUUCCAGUGCUUCGAGCCCAACAACCAGAUGGUCGUCUGCGAUCCCCGCAACGGCAAGUACAUGGCCGUCGCCCUUCUCUACCGUGGAGAUGUUGUCCCCCGCGACUGCAACGCUGCCAUCGCUGCCCUCAAGGCCAAGUCUUCCUUCAACCUCGUCGAGUGGUGCCCCACUGGUUUCAAGCUCGGCAUCAACUACCAGAAGCCCAUGGCUGUCCCUGCCGCCGCCGGCGAUGGUGGUCUUGCCUCCGUCGACCGCUCUGUCUCCAUGCUGUCCAACACCACUGCCAUCGCCGAGGCCUGGUCGAGACUGGACCACAAGUUCGAUCUUAUGUACAGCAAGCGCGCCUUCGUUCACUGGUAUGUUGGUGAGGGUAUGGAGGAGGGUGAGUUCAGCGAGGCCCGUGAGGAUCUUGCUGCGCUCGAGAAGGAUUACGAGGAGGUUGCUGCCGACUCCUUCGAGGCCGAUGAGGACGACGCCGAGUACUAAGCAGAUACCGGAGACGGCCACGUUUCUGUUUUUUCCCCCGUUUCGCAGUAGACUGGUUGCUGCGACGAACAACAACCAACUCGGUAGCAGCUUUGGGCGACACGAACUGUAUGCAAAACCUUGGUUUUUUGGCGGCCGUUGGAGGGCUGGACCGGUAAAUUUCUCAGAUGUCGUUCUCGCUGAAUGGACAUGGAUUCGCGGAAAGGCACCGGGUUACGCCAUAACCCAUUGAAAGGAUAUUUCGGAGUCAAGCUCGAGUUGAUAAUAGAUGAGACCCAAGUCACUUUCUUUUUCACACAAGUACAUACUUGGUAACCCCCUGACCGGUCUGACGAGAGCCUCUUGGGAUUCAAAGUAGUCAAUUGUAAAUGGAUUCGUUAUCCAAAA